AGACGCUACUCGCUGUACUCACAGCGACAUUUCGCAAGCGCCCAUACAACAAUGUGUCGUGAGAAAAUCUCCAUGUUAAAAGACAUGACGGCACUGUUGUAUGUUCUCUCACUUUUUGAACCUGUCCACCGCUCCAGACCUAAUGCUGUUGUGCAAAUGCGAUAAUCGCCGUCCGUCUAGCGGCACACUUCGACGCAGACCCAAAACAUUUUUUACUUUGGCGAGGCAGGCCAUCGCAGCUGCUGCCCUGGCUCCUCCCGGGAGAGCUGCUCGGCGCGCGCUGGAGUCGCGCACGGGUGGUGGCGGUAAUGGAGGAGGAGUUCGGGCCACUAGCCAACGUGUGCGUGCUCAAAAUAAAAACAAGCAGAGCGUCGCGAAGACAGAGCGGCACGCUGGGGACGCUGUCGCAGAGGGAAGAGCUAGAGGAGGAGGGGGCCGUGGCACAAAGCCGUCCCCCUGGCGGAGGGAGGAGAUGGAUGGUGACAGCACUACAACAGAUGCUUCUCAGUUAGGCAUAUCUGGGGACUAUAUUAGCGGAAGUCACUAUGUUUUACAGUCUCAUGAUGAUGAUGGUGAGGAUGGAAUGAAUGAUCAUGAGGAUGGCAAUGGCAGCAAAGAUGGCUUCCGAGAGCAAGACAUCUACCUUCCUAUUGCCAAUGUUGCAAGGAUAAUGAAGAAUGCCAUUCCUCCUACUGGAAAGAUUGCUAAAGAUGCCAAGGAGUGUGUGCAGGAAUGCGUAAGUGAAUUUAUUAGCUUUAUAACUUCUGAAGCUAGUGAACGGUGUCACCAGGAAAAGCGCAAAACCAUCAAUGGAGAAGAUAUUCUAUUUGCCAUGUCUACAUUGGGAUUUGACAGCUAUGUAGAACCACUCAAACUAUAUUUGCAAAAGUUCAGAGAGGCAAUGAAAGGAGAAAAGGGAAUAGUGUCCACUGUCACAGUCUCUGAUGGUCUUGGUGAUGAACUAACAGAGGAAUCCUUCACUAACCAGAUACCUGCCGGAUUAAUAACUACAGAUGGUCAGCAGCAAAAUGUCAUGGUGUACACAACAUCAUAUCAACAGAUUUCUGGUGUUCAGCAGAUUCAGUUUUCUUGACAAAGAAAUUGAGACAUUUGGAUGAAGAAGUAUUGCAAAAAAAUGAAAAGUAAGAAGAGAACCGCUGGGCUGAAAACUUGGAGGAUGUUAUCUGUGGAAGAUGGACCUGCUAGCGUGUCUCUCUUCAGUGUACAAAUUAAAUUAAAUGUCGGUAGUGGUUGUAAACAUUUGAUUUUUGACUUGAGCCACAUGGAUCUGGCAUUGAUAGGUUUUAGAACACUGAUUUCAAGGUAAUAGUAUGUGUGUGUGUGCGCGUUUUUUUUUUUUGUAUAAUAAUUGUUUAGCAUUUUGUCCAAUUUUCGAGUAGGGUGGGUUUUGGAUGAAGGGUGGGAGGGUUAAGCAUGCAGAAAGGAGUACAUUGCUUCCUUUCGUUCUUUGUGUAAAAAUGAGGAUUUAUCCCUGCCAUAAAUGCAGGGGACAGGUUCUUAUUUUCAUAUUGAAUCAUGUUGCUCUUUUUGUAAUUUGAGUAAAAUAUCACAUGAAUUCAUGUUAAAACUUUUAAUAAAAUGCAAGCAUUGAAUUUUU